AUGCUGGACUUUGUUGUCUCAGCCGGCAAACGCGUACCAAAGAAAGUAGACGUAGAAUUGCCAGGUCCUUCUCCGACGAGCCAGAUAACCGCCCCGAAGAAACCUGCAGGCAAAGCAAAGCAUUCGCGCGCCCAGUCGGUUGUCUCGAAUUCUGCAACGAGCGUGGAUGAUACCGAGCCACCCAUAAAGUCCCCGUCUGUACAAGGAGCGGAUAAGCUCCCUUCGUCACGCAGCAACAGCCAGGAUGAACACUCGGAUGAUGACGCUGUCUCAGUAGCGGAGUCUGCGAAGGCGCGGAAACGCAAGCGAGAGCCGGACCGUAUUCAGUUCUUCAAUGACGACCCGCGGUGUCGGGACGUCGAACCCCAUCGUGCUCUCUGCGCGAAGUGCGACACUUGGAUAUCCCUGCACGCGAGGCGGCGAUACGUUAUGCAGAAUUGGAUUGAGCACCGCAAACUCUGUGUCGGACCGUCUAACGCCGUCUCCAGCGCGGCGCCUGCAGAUGCUCCACUUGUGGCUAAGCCUAAGGAGCCAAGCGAGGCGGAAGCGGAGGGCAGAACAGCGCUUGAGGGCGACUCUCGAACAGGCGAAAUCCGCCCGCAUGAAGUCUUCUGUACAUCAUGCAAUGCAUGGAUCGCACUAGAUUUGACUGCUCGCUACAUGGUCACAAACUGGAAGGCACACGUACAAGAGUGCCCUGGCGCCGUAGUUAUGCCUUCCCCGAACAUGGAGCCAAGCAUUGAAGGCCUGACAUCGGCUCCUGCGCCUUCGCGUGCACAGCCUGACAGCCCGGCAGCUCCCCGGAAUACCUCAACAAGCCCCAAGCUCAGCCCCUCCAAAGCCACGACUUCGCGUAAACGCGGGCGAGAAGAGGAUGAAGAUGAAGAUGCUGAGGAGACCCGGGCUGUCCGCCCUCGCCCGGCUUCUUACAAGCCGAGCCGCGGGCAGGCCUUGUGGGACACGCUGGCGACGCCGUUCCGCGCGUUCGUGCAGGGGUUCAAAGAGGGGAUGAACGCUUCGUCGUCUGCGUCGACUUAA